AGGCUAUUAUCUCCCUCAAAGUUCUUAUCAGAUGUUUGGUUCAUUCGCGAUCGUUCUCGGUGUUUUGAAGGAGUUUAUAUAUCUUGCUGUUUCUGAUCUGCUUGGCUUAGUGAACAAGUGCUACUCGAAUUGAUAGAGAAAAAUCGUAUCUGCUUUAGACGAGAUUCUGAAACCGAUUUCCGACAUAAUAGAUCGUAAAGCAUCAGUGAGAAAAUGUCUCGAAACAAAUUUGUACCUUUCCAGCAGUCCACACACCUCCCUCCCUUCAUCAUAACGGGACUUGGUGGACAGCACCCACAACCACCAGCUUACAGGAGCUACGACAAGGAUUGUGGGAACAUUAGUUCCCAACAGUCCAGACCCCUUCCUACCUUUAACGUCAGAGGUGCUGAUGUACAUCAGGCAGUCUCACCAGGUAAGAGGUGUAAAGUUCUGCUCCCCAUCACAAAGGGGUGUAGGAACAUUAGUGCUUCCCAGAAGUCAUAUGACCUACCUCCCAUAAACAUCGGAGGUGCUGAUGUACAUCAGGCAGUCUCACCAGGUAAGAGGUGUAAAGAUCUGCUCCCCAUCACAAAGGGCUGUAGGAAGAUUAUUGAUUCCCAGCAGUCGUACGACCUCCCUUCCAUAAACACCAGAGGUGCUGAUGUACAGCAGGCAGUCUCACCAGGUAAGAGGUGUAAAGAUCUGCUCCCCAUCACAAAAGCCUGUAGGAAGAUUAUUGAUUCCCAGCAGUCGUACGACCUACCUCCCUUCAUCAUAACGGGACUUGGUGGACAGCACCCACAACCACCAGCUUACAGGAGCUACGACAAGGAUUGUGGGAACAUUAGUUCCCAACAGUCCAGACCCCUUCCUACCUUUAACGUCAGAGGUGCUGAUGUACAUCAGGCAGUCUCACCAGGUAAGAGGUGUAAAGAUCUGCUCCCCAUCACAAAAGCCUGUAGGAAGAUUAUUGAUUCCCAGCAGUCGUACGACCUCCCUUCCAUAAACACCAGAGGUGCAGGUGCUGAUGUACAUCAGGCAGUCUCACCAGGUAAGAGGUGUAAAGAUCUGCUCCCCAUCACAAAAGCCUGUAGGAAGAUUAUUGAUUCCCAGCAGUCGUACGACCUCCCUUCCAUAAACACCAGAGGUGCAGGUGCUGAUGUACAGCAGGCAGUCUCACCAGGUAAGAGGUGUAAAGAUCUGCUCCCCAUCACAAAAGCCUGUAGGAAGAUUAUUGAUUCCCAGCAGUCGUACGACCUCCCUUCCAUAAACACCAGAGGUGCAGGUGCUGAUGUACAUCAGGCAGUCUCACCAGGUAAGAGGUGUAAAGAUCUGCUCCCCAUCACAAAAGCCUGUAGGAAGAUUAUUGAUUCCCAGCAGUCGUACGACCUCCCUUCCAUAAACACCAGAGGUGCAGGUGCUGAUGUACAUCAGGCAGUCUCACCAGGUAAGAGGUGUAAAGAUCUGCUCCCCAUCACAAAAGCCUGUAGGAAGAUUAUUGAUUCCCAGAAGUCGUACGACCUCCCUACCAUAAACACCAGAGGUGCAGGUGCUGAUGUACAUCAGGCAGUCUCACCAGCUAAGAGGUGUAAAGAUCUGCUCCCCAUCACAAAGGGCUGUAGGAACAUUAGUGCUUGCCAGAAGUCAUACAACCUUCCUCCCAUAAACAUCAGAGGUGCUGAUGUACAGCAGGCAGUCUCAACAGCUACGAGGUGUAAAGAUCUGCUCCCCAUCACAAAGGGCUGUAGGAAGAUUAUUGAUUCCCAGAAGUCCAAAGACCUGCCUCCGUUAAACAUCAGAGGCGUCGGUCCACUGCGCCCUCAGCCACCAUCUGACAUAAAACCUGACGGCAAAAAUAUUCUUCCCAGCAUCUCAAAGAAAAAGGAUUGCGGGAACAUCAAGGGUUCCCAGCUGUCCAAAGACCUUCUUCCGUUUAGCGUCAGAGGUGGACCAUCGCUUAUCAAACAUUCCUUCCUGAAGAAGAGCGUGUAUUCUCAAGCAGGUGUAAAAAUCGUUGAGAAAUGUCCAAAACAACAGAUAUCCUGGUUGUCGUGUCGAGAAACCACACCGAAGAAAUUGUGCCUUUCACUCUCUGGAAGGAAUCGUUGAUAGCUGGAUGAAUCUUGGGAAACCCAUGAGAUGUCUCACGUAUUAUAUGACACACAUACAUACAUACUAUAUUAAGGAUACACCCGCACACAUUUUUGAUAAUACUGCUAUUUAAUAAUUUAGAAGUUUUUU